UUGAUAUCUUCCACAUCAUCGCAUGUACUCCCCUACAAUGGCUGUGCCUCUUCAAACGAAGUACACUUUGAGUCCCAUCACAAACAACAUCCCAAGAAGCCAUCGUCCGUCGCUUCUCCGUGUACGUGUUACGUGCUCCCUUACCCCCGGCAAGAAGUCUCAUCGUCCUAACCAUGAGAAGCUCGUUCUUGAGAAACGCCUUGUGAAUCCUCCUCCCUCCGACGACCCAACUCUACAAUCUACAUGGACCCACCGGUUAUGGGUCGCAGCGGGUUGCACCACCGUUUUUGCCUCUUUUGCCAAAUCUGUUAUUGGAGGGUUUGGUUCUCAUCUCUUGCUCGAACCACCUUUAGCCGGGGUCGCAGGAUACAUCUUAGCUGAUCUUGGCUCUGGUCUGUACCACUGGGCCAUCGAUAACUACGGUGACGAGUCAACGCCUCUAGUAGGAACCCAAAUCGAAGCAGCACGAGGUCACCACAAAUGGCCUUGGAUUAUCACCAAACGACAAUUUGCAAACAAUUCAUACGCUUUGGCCCGUGGCAUGACCUUUACGGUUCUUCCACUAGUUCUUGCAUGCAAUGAUCCGGUGGUUCAUGGCUUUGUGAGCACGUUUGCAUUUUGUAUAUUGCUUUGCCAACAGUUUCAUGCUUGGGCUCAUGGAAGCAGGAGCAGCCUUCCACCUCUAGUGGUGGCGUUUCAGGACAUGGGGCUUCUUCUUUCACGGAGACAACACGUGAAUCAUCACAGGCACCAACUUACGUAUAUGAGUUACUGCAUAGUUAGUGGGGUGUGGAACAAUAUUUUGGAUGAUAAUAAGAUCUUUGAGGCAUUGGAGAAGGUGUUAUAUGUCCAGUUUAGGGUGAGACCUAGGUCAUGGAGCGACCAAAACUCCGAAUGAACAUAAAUAUUUGAUACCUCCAACAACCUACCAUACAUUUUAAUCCUCCAGAAAACAUUAAUUUGAUACAAUUUCUUAAUUAUCAUCUUUUGUUUUAUCUUAUAUCCAUUGUUGUAAUAAUGUUCAAUUGUUCAUGUUCCUGUUGAUUGUCUCAUAAAAAAACACGAAGUUUUUUCCU